AUGAAGUUGCCCCUCACAUCCUCCCUCGCCCUCUUAUCCACCGCCUCCGCACUCCCAACCCCCGACGCCACUGCAGACCCCCUCCGCAUCCUCCCCUCCUGCUGGACCUUCGCCAUCACCGCGCUCUCAGGUCCCGGCUGCCCAGACAUGCACCCCGCGCCCAUAGGCUACAACACGCGCCUCACCUACGGCAUGAACACAGUCGACGGCUCCGAGAUAUACUACUGGCACGUCGCGUACCCGUACCUGCGCGCCCGCGUCGGCGCAGACGAGUCGGACGCGCACACGUGGUGCGAGACGACGCUGCAGUACACGGAGCUGGACGGGUGCCUGGAUACGGCGAAGCCGGCGGCGGAGUACCGGCUCAGGCUGCAUAAGAAUGGGACGAGGAUGCUGGCGGCGUAUGAGUUGGAGAGGGGGGUUCGUGUGGAGUGGAGGUUUACUUAUUUCCCUGGGGAGGAGGGGGAGUUCGUCGAUACUAUCGCCGUCAGCGGUCCACGCAACACAACGUACUCGGACGAUAACUCCGUCAUGCCAGCGGACUCUAAGCGCGUGGCGAUGCCGAAGUGCGGGACGGGGAUUAUCAAGUAUAGGACUGAUCUGUACGUCGCUGCGGAGGAGGAGGGUGCGACGGGAACGGUGGCGAGCGAGAGCCAUGAGAUCGAUGGGAAGAUGGACUACUACGGUGCGCAGCAGGGCUUUAGUUAUGAUUGGGAGAAGUGCUCUAGCUAG